UUCACUGGAGUGUGUGUGUGUGUAGUGCUGCAGUAACGAGUGGAGAGGGGGGAUGACUGCAGUUUCUCGGGCUGAUGGAAGAGCGCGAGCAGGAGACGUUCGCACGCCGCUGAAACGUUAACCCCUAAGUGCCUCGCUCGUGUAUGGCCCAGACGCUUAUUGAGGAUUAGGACCGAGCAGAUCACUGCAGUCAGGGUUUCUGUUGGUGUAACCGUCAAGCAUGAAGUGGAAUUUGUUCAAGAAGAAGCCUGCGGCCAUGGUGGGCCCCGAGCCCACGGGUGCCAGCGCCCUGACCAUGGCCCCUGCUGUUUCCACACCGGCAGACAACUCCACCGAGCACCAGGGCCCGGUCAGCAAAAAUGACGUCUUUGGUGACAUCAAAAACAAGUUCCUCAAUGAGAUGGACAAGCUUCCACUGCCUCCCUGGGCCAUCAUCGCCAUCGCGAUCGUAGCCGUGGUUCUUAUUCUCACCUGCUGCUUCUGCAUCGUUAAAAAGACCUGCCUUAAGAAGAAAAAAGGCAAGAAGGGAAAGAAAGGCAAGGGAGACAUGGGAAUGAAGAACAUGAAGGGAGGAGAGAAACAGGAAGAGGAUGAUGAUGAAGAAGAUAUAGACAUGGGAAUAACUGAAGAGAAAGAGGAAGAACCGAAAGAGAAGGAGAAGCUCGGCAAACUACAGUUUUCUCUAGACUAUGACUUCUCUGAUAACAAGCUGACAGUGGGCAUCCUGCAAGCUGCAGAUCUUCUUUCCAUGGACAGUGGCGGCACCUCAGAUCCGUAUGUCAAAGUUUUCAUUCUCCCUGACAAGAAGAAGAAGUAUGACACCAAGGUGCACAAGAAAACCCUCAACCCCGUCUUCAAUGAGACUUUCCACUUUAAGAUUCCGUUCACUGAAAUGGGAGGAAAGACUCUGGUCAUGUCUGUGUACGACUUUGACCGUUUCUCAAAGCACGAUGUGAUCGGUGAGGUGAAGAUUCCCAUGAACACCCUGGACCUGGCACAACCUAUCGAGCAAUGGAGAGACCUGGACAGUGCAGAGAAAGAGGAGCCUGAAAAGCUUGGAGAUAUCUGCAUCUCUCUUCGCUAUGUACCUACAGCUGGAAAACUCACCAUCUGUAUCCUAGAGGCUAAGAAUCUGAAAAAGAUGGAUGUUGGAGGACUCUCAGAUCCUUACGUGAAGAUUCAUCUUCUGCAAAACGGCAAGCGGCUGAAGAAGAAGAAGACGACUGUGAAGAAGAACACCCUGAACCCGUACUACAACGAGUCCUUCAGCUUCGAGAUCCCACAGGACCAGAUGCAGAAAAUACAAGCUGUGAUCACGGUGCUCGACUACGAUAAGAUCGGCAAGAACGACGCCAUCGGGAAGAUCUGGGUGGGCAGCAAAGCGCAGGGCACCGAGCUUCGGCACUGGUCCGACAUGCUGGCGAACCCACGCAGGCCCAUCGCUCAGUGGCAUCCACUCAAACCUGAGGAGGAAGUGGAUGCCACACUAGCAGCCCUCACUGCCAAGAAGUAAUCCUGAUCUUCUUCCUUCCCUCCCUCUCUCCUUUACCUCCCUUCCUUUCUUUCACUUUCCAACAUGCACAACAUGUCAUCUUAGCCAAUCAGCACUGAAUUAGAGCCAUGGGCCACCAGACUAGAGGUAUUAAGAAGACCUUUUGGUCUCAUCAUCAACAGCUAAAAUGAGGGUCUAACGAGAGAGACUCUUUCCACAGAUGUUGGUUGAGCUCAUAGGUGUGUAUAUCCUCAAGGUUUAUUCACAGAAGAGAUGUAAGCUCACAUUCACACCCAAAUAUCCAACAGCAUUCCAAAGUUUUCCAUCGGGGACCAGGGAUAGAAAACACUGCCUCUUCCACUGCCUAAUUUAACACAUUCCUUCUAGAUUCUCUGGUCAUCUAGAUGAAAUCAGUUCUGUUGCUUUUGUUGAGUCUGAAAGGACAGUGAAGAAUUGUUUAUCAUUGUGAAUAAUAUAAAAAAAGAAAAAACAAAAGUGGGAACUGGAGAGAUAGUUGGACUAGAUGCUCCUGCCCAGCCAGAAGGAAUCUUUCAGGUGUCGAUUACACUGCCUGCAAAACAACCUCUUCUUCCAUUCUUCAGUUCCAGCUGUCAGCUGGCUUCUUCCACUGCCCAACAUCCUAACAAACCCUGACAAAAAGGAGACAAGCCUUGAAACAUCAUGAAAUAAGCAAUUCUUAGCUGCCAGGGACGUCUUCCUGUUAGCAUCGGUAUAUUGGUUUCUUUGCUUUGAUUUCUUGUAGUAAAUGUAUUCUGCCUGAGCACUUUAAAUGAAGGUGUGUUUUUGUUCCAGUCGAUGCUUCGUUUUCAAGCUGCUUUUAUUUUCACCUGCAAUUUUUGAUGUUCUGAACCCACUCAUUAAAGGAAUAGUUCACCAAAAAAUGAAUAUAAAGUCAUCAUUAUUUACUUUUCUUUCUUACAGCAGUGGAACACAAAUGGAGGUGCUUCAAAGAAUGUUCACGCUGCUCUCCUUCUUACAAUGAAAGUGAAUGGUGACCAAGAGGCCAUCAAGCUUAAAAUUUAUAUAUACCAUUGACUUCCAAAACGUGGUCAUCAUUGAUUUUCAUUGUGUGGAAAAGGGCAGGGUGAACAUUCUUCAAAAUUUCAUCUUCUUUUGCCUUCUACGGAAGAAAGAAAGAACGUCAUACGGGUUUCGAAAUACAUGAGUGAACUAUUCCUUUUAGAACUUCCAUCAUUUGUUGUUUUCAUCUUUUAUUCAUGGUUUAAACCAGAUUUAUGGUUUCACAAGAAGAGCUGAUUAGAAGGCACUGUGUGUAUUUACUGCACAUCUUACCAAACCGCUGAACUUAUUUGCACUACUGGAACUGCAUUCUGUACAUGUUGCUUUAUCAAUCUCAAUACGUGCUUUUGUGAUGGCGCAUUCUUGAUUCGAGUUGUCAGAGUUUGCAUUUGUUAAAAAAAGGAAGCUUGUAUCAUUUGAAAGCAGCUUUAGGGCUUACAGUGUGAGUCAUUGUGUGAGGAUGUGAAUCUCAAAAUAUCAUUUUGCUUAAGACCGACACAGAACUAAAUCUUCGUGCAUUUUAUCUUUGUAUUGCCUGGAGAAACUCUUUUGGCAAUGAUGAUACCUUGUGAUAUUUGUUCAAUUAUUAAGUAUUUGAGAAAUUAAGCAAAAUAGCAAGCCUGAAUUGGAUCAAGAGCAUCAUUUAUUGAGUAGAGACUUUUAAACCAGGCCAAAAACUACAUGUAGAGAGCCAAGAGUGGAUUUGAGGGAGAUUUUGUUGUGUACAUGCUGUAACCCAAUAAAAAAACAACUCAUUCUUGUAAGGAAACGUCACUUUAGCGCCUUUUAUCCUACACCACUAACUCAUCAAUCUACUGCUACAUUGCUUAGUAAUUCAUUCAGUUACUUUUAGGGUUGACAGUCUGUAAUCGUAAAAUUUAAUCAAGCAAAAUUUAAUAAAUUGUAACAUUUGACGAUUUUCUGUCAAAAGCACAAUAAAAGUACUUAAUUCUACUAAUGCUUUAUGUUCAAAAUCCUCAGAAAUCCCAUAAUAGCUUUGUAUGUGGAACAGAAAUUUACACAGAUCACCCAAAAAUGAAAAUUCGGUCACCAUUUACUCACCCUCAUGUCGUUCCAAACCUGUAUGACUUUUAUCUUCUGUGUAACACAAAAGAAGAUAUUUUAAAGACUGUUUUGAUUAAUCCAUUCAGUUAAAUGUAAAAAAUAAAUAAAUAAAUACAAAAUUUAAAUUCUACAUUUGUAACAUUUUUUUUUUUUUACAUUUAAUUUUUUUAAAAUGUAAAAUUUAAAUAUUACAUUUAAAAAUGUAGUAGAAGUAAAAAUUCAGAAUUAAAAAACUGUAAAAGUUUAAAAAAUGUAAAUUUAACUUUGAAAAUGUACAUUUUCCUGUGUCAUGAGAUGUGGUUAGUGGUGGGGCUAAUUAUCUUAUAUUUUCUCCUAAUUUAUUUCUUAAAUAUAAUAAAAAUAGAAAAAAGUCAGCAAACCUGGGCUCCAAAAAUUCUAUCCCAUAGGUGACUUUUUGAGCAUGCAGGCUCUUAAUCAUUUGUUUUUGUUAAAUAUAAUAAAACAAAUAGCAGUUUAAGCCAUUGUGUGUCAUUUAAACAUAAACAUUUUCUUUCAAAAGUUGCUUCAAUGACGUUUCCCGUAUGAGAUUCCCCUGGAUAAAACAGAAGCAGCUCUUCUGACAGGCUGUGUUCAGUUGCGAUAACUCUGUUGUUUGAUUGUGGAAUAGCAGGUAUUUCCGUCCACAUUCACAGUGCAGUUUCAUGUCUUUUUGCGGGUCUAAUGAAUGUGUGAUUAUUUAUCAUUUGUUAUACGACAUCAUGCUUUUCUUUUUCCUCUAGUAUUGUAUUGACACCUCAUUUAGGAAUCACUUUCUUUGUUAAUGUUUUUCAGGUGCAAUCUCUUAACUAUGUCCCUUAUUUCGAAGAUCUUCACAAGAAAAAAAAACGCAACUUGCAACUAACACCCCCUCUCCAAACCCAUAGGCGUGUAGUUUGACCUAUAUAUGCAUAGUUCCUACUUUAUGAUAACUGCAUGUUACAAUACAAAAAGAUGCGCAUGUUUCAGAGAUGAAGCAAAAAAUAUAUUGUGUACCUAAGUAGGUGUUCUUUGUCAUUUUAAUAACAAAACGGAGGGGGAUAAGAUACUGUGUAUAUUUUCUAAUCGAAAUCAAAUAUGUAUUUAUUUUCUGUGAGUGGGUACUGGAGAGAAUAUGAAGUAUACUAGACUAAUCUUCAUUUUCAGAUUCAAUCCAUGCCUGGACAUCAUGAGCAAAUACUGUAUGUUAAGUGCUUUGUGUGAACUAAUGUAGAAUGAAAACGUAGCCGCAUGCUUGCCGUCUACUAAUAUUGUUAAGGAACAAAAUGUUUAUGUAUUUGUUUAUUUAUUUAUUCCAAAUGAUUUAUUUAGAUUUAUUUUUCAGAGUAAUAUUUCUAUGUCACUUGUUUGUGGGAAGUCAAAACUUCCAGCGGGGGGCUCCAAGGGAAUAUUUUCCCCCAUCUUGUAGGAUCCUGUAAUCAGCAGAGUAUCUCUGUUGGAAUUACGAUGUAAAGUUGUGGAUCAUACAGAAUCAUAACAAAAGAAUACACUUUUAUUAUAAUUUUUCGUCUUUUCACUGUCAGUGCCAAUGAGAGAAGUCACGUUUACUGCCAUUUUAUCUGACUUUACGUCAUUCUUACGUGAUUUUUUGCGGACCAACUGAUUUCUACCUUGGCAACAAAGUUGCCGGAGCACAAUACUAUCAAUCCUGUUUUAGAAAACUUGGAGUCCCCAUUGUUUUCUAACAAGCUUUUUAUUUAUGAAUCUUUUACAUAAGAACAGCGUUUAACUAGCCAAUAAACCGUAAGUUUGUGUGUGCGAGUGUGAAUAAGAUAAAGCCAUAAGACUUGAGCUAAAUCUUUGGAGCUCAGCUAUAUAGAUGUACUUAAGAUGAUCCUAAAACGUCUCUUCCUUUCAUAGGCCGAUGAAUUUCCUCAACAUUCCACAUAGUCUGUGAAGCUACGGGGCCACACUGUUUCCUAAAAUGUGCUAAGUUAAGCAUUAUUGGCAGUUCAACUUGAAAUAGUCCGUCUUUCUGUUAAUAAUGUGUCUUUUUAAUGUUUUUUAUGAUUAUUUCAGUGUACACUGGGUUUUGUAAACGCCUUGAUUUAACACAAAGUGUGCUAGGGACGUCUGUAUGAACAUUUACAUGUGGUCAUAGUUAUUGCCAUUCCACUAUGUAUGUACACACAUGCAUUUUUGGGCAAAGGGCAAUUAAAAGUUGUGUAAUUAUGAAAAGUUGUUGUUUUUACCAUUUUAAUAAUAAUUCACAAUCCAAAAUAUGAUUUAGGACAACUAAAAAGUAUAUAAUUUGGACAUGCAGACAAGAAAAUUGAACAGAACUGUACAGUAAUUCGGCUUAUCCAAGUAAGCAUUGCUUGAGGUCUGAGUGUGAAUGCGUGUGACUUUAAUAAUAAUGCAUAGGCCCUUUAAUAAAUAAUAAUUAUUUGUUGUGAGUUACUCAAGCACUGCCAUUCUGCCUAUAUGGCAGUGUGCACAAUGAACAUUUGUUUGAAACAUUCCUGAUCGUAAACCACGGAGUCGUUACUUGUGAGCCAAGAUAUUUGGGAGCAGUUUAAAAACUGCUGAUGGAUUCAGUCUUUAAGUUGCUCUUCAUGUAAAUCCACCUACAGAACCAGCUCGGUUGUAUUUGUAACUCUUGGUGACUGUUUUAUGUCAUUCAAAUCAAUGAGAGACUGCUCUAAGAUGUUUGGGUGCAGUUUAAAAACUGCAAAUGGAUUCAGUCUUUAAGUUGCUCUUAAAGACUGAAUCCGCUUACAAAACCAGCUUGGUUAUCUUUGUAACUCUCUGUGACUGUUUUAUGUCAUACAAAUCAAUAAGAGCCUGCUCUAACUGCCCAUAACAGAGACGUUUUACGUAUUUUUUUCUAAUGCUAGCCGAUGCCUUCAUGUCUGCUUUGGCGUAAUUGCAUAGCAAAGUUCUGGGGAUAAAAAAAUCAAAAGCCUGCCAUUGUGUCUUUUUAUUUUGAUUCUUCUCUUGCACUUUUCAUUCUGCUUAUCUAGAGUUGUAAAAUGCUCUUUUUCUAUUUGUGGUGAUCUGUUUUUUUUCUUUAGUCGGUGGGAGAUUGUGAGGGUUUGUCCCUCAGGCUAUGUUUGUACCUGUUUCGGUGUUCUCGUGUGUGUGCGUGUGUUCAUGUCCGUAUUGUCGUGCCUAGUGUGGAUCAAUCGCAUGCUUUAGCCCUUGAUGGGACACUUUGAGAAAACGUUGCUCACAGACUCUUCCCACAACCCCCCUAGUGGACAGUACAUGAGCAUCAGCAAUCCUUGUAAAGACGUCAAGGGAACCAAAUAGCUCUACAGAUUUACCAUGUGUGUUACCAGCUCUGUACUGAAACAAAUGAGAAAAUAAAGGCCUUUUAAUUACACUUAA